UACACACAAUUUACGGCCAUCUCUGCAAUUCUGUUUUACUCUUUCAUCCACACCCAGAGGACGCCAUGACUCUUGUCGAAUCAGAAUUCUCCAAGGAUCCGAACCCGAACCCGAACCAGGUCCCGCCGGAGGCGGACGACAAGAUCCAGACUGAUGGAAAAAACAAAGCUGCUGAAGACUCUCUGUCUCAACUUGAAGUAGAGGAGGAGGAAGAGGAGGAGGAAGAGGAAGAGGAAGAAGAAGAUGAUGAUGAUGAUGAUGAAGAAGAAGCAGAAGAAGAAGAAGAAGAAGAAGAAGAAGAAGAAUUUGAGAUGUGUGAUGUUUGUUUGAAGGACAAGGAACACUGGACGGAUGAAUGCCCAUACCUGGUUCGUAUCCCAAACCCAAUGGAAGUAACUCUUGGCAAAGGUUAUUAUAUGGUUUGUGUGCACUGUAAUCUGAGGGGUGGCCACUCUGAUAUAGUUGGUACACAAUGUAAAGUGUGGGGUGACCACCCUGAUAGGAGGUGGAAAGGACGUGCUAUUGUCAAGGUCUGUGGUAUUUGUGAGGGCGUACGCCACUGGUCUGCAGAGUGCCCAAAAAAGCACUUAUUACAAAAGCAAAAGAGUCUGUUGGAGUGUGCUGCUGAAUAUCGGUCGUGGUUGGCUACCAAAAAAUGUCAAGCUGCUUGAUUUGUUGAAUCAUAAUUUCUAGCACAAACAUGUGUGUGUCAGCUAAUUAUCAUUUGGAACACAAACUUAGGCAGCUUUUUUAUCUAUGAAGUAAAAUCAGUAUUGAUAUAUGUAUGUUGGCUAAUCAUCACUUGUAGCAGGAUUCUAUUUAUAAAUAAGUAAUAUAGUUGUUUGUGGUUCAUGAAUAA